CUUUCGUCUUGUUUUUUUCUCUUUAUUUUUCUCCCUUGACCCUUGACUGGACCACUUGUUUAGGCUCUCCUUUCAGGCUGCCAUCGACCCCCUGCUCUCGAGCAACCGGCGGCAGGAACGGGCCACCGACCCGCCAUGUUUCUAGCUUUAGUGGUGACGCCAGAACUCAGGGAGUUCCUGGCCCGGGCCAGAGGAGGAGCGGUCCGCCUCAUCAAGGUCUGCAUCCAAGACGAGCAGCUGGUGCUGGGGGCUUUCAGGAAGCCAGAGCAGAGCUGGGACCGAGACUAUGACCAAUGUCUGCUGCCACUGCUGGACCAGCAGGAGCCCUGCUACAUCCUCUACCGCCUGGACUCCCAGAAUGCACUGGGCUACGAAUGGCUAUUCAUCUCCUGGUCUCCAGACCAGUCGCCGGUCAAACAGAAAAUGCUUUAUGCUGCCACCCGUGCCACUGUGAAGAAGGAAUUUGGCGGUGGCCACGUCAAGUACGAGAUGUUCGGCACAGCUGAGGAGGACAUCUGUCUGCUGGGAUACCAGCGUCAUGUGUCGUCCUGCUCUGGUCCCGCUCCGCUCACACUGGCUGAGCAGGAGCUCCAGAGGAUCAAAAUCACAGAGGGCAGAGUUAAGCAGGUGACAACAGAGAUCAGCGUGGAGAGCAAGCACCAGACUCUGCAGGGUCUGGCCUUCCCCCUGCAGGAGUCGGCCCGAAGAGCCCUGCAGCAACUGGCCAACCAGCGCAUCAACUACAUCCAGCUGAGAUUAGACGUGGAGAAGGAGACCAUCGAGCUGGUGCACGCCAACCCCACAGAGAUACGUGAGCUCCCUCUCAGAGUCCCUAAAGAUGCUCCCAGAUACCACCUCUUCCUCUACAAACACUCUCAUGAGGGGGACUACCUGGAGUCUGUCGUGUUCAUCUACUCCAUGCCUGGCUACAGCUGCAGCAUUAAGGAGCGAAUGCUGUAUUCCAGCUGCAAAAGUCGACUACUGGAGGAGUUGGAGAAAGAAUACUGUCUGGAAAUAGCUAAGAAGUUGGAGAUCGAUAACGGAGAUGAGCUGACAGAGGAGUUCUUGUACGACGAAGUCCAUCCGAAGCAACACGCCCACAAACAGGCCUUCGCCAAACCUCGUGGUCCAGCAGGGAAAAGGGGACACAAGCGCCUCAUCAAGGGUCCAGGGGACACGGUAUAGGACAGCCGGAGGAGGGUCAGGAUCCUUGCUCCGCUGUCUGCAGAUCGUCGCCCUCCAAAUGUCUUCCAAGCCAAAAGGAAGUUUACAGUCCCGGUCUGCUGCCCAAACACUCUCACGGCCUUUUUAGUUUCUCCUCCGAUCCUUUAUUUCUCCAAGACAGAUUGUUUUGGGGUAUAAAUCAGGUCUUUGUGCAUUUCCUGCAGUAUGUUUUGUGAUUUUGGAAAUGGACAAC